AUGCCUGCUCCUGUCCCGCAUAAACAUGAGUACCUCUUUGGCGGCGACAAGUAAGUGGUUCUGCCCAUCCAAUAAAUCCUACUCUAAUCAUCCAAAUCCACCCAAAAUUGCAUCAUGUACUAACUCACAUCUCUCCAGGCCGUGGAAUCCCCUCGAUUGGACCUCUUCAGAUGACCGUGUGCGAGGUGGUUCUUCAUAUUCUACCUUGACUUGCAAUGCAGCAUCACCAAUCGCAAGAUACCACGGAAAUCUGGACAUCAAAACACUGGGCGGGGCCGGCUUCGCUUCACAGCGCACAACUGGCGAUCGCACUUGGGAUUUGUCUGCAUUCAGUGGUCUGGUUCUAGACAUUGCCAAGUCGGAUGGUAUGCAGUAUACCCUCACGUUAAAAGACGAGCUAUUGCCUCAAAGCCCAGAUGGCCGAGAGCAAAGUUCUGUUAAUUGGGAAUACGACUUCAAGGCCCAGAAAGAUGGCCAGAAGAUUAGUCUGGGGUGGCAUGACUUGAAGGCUACGUACAGGGGACGAGAAAAGGUCGAUGCAAAACCGUUAGACUUGAAAAAUGUCAAGCGAAUUAGUCUUUUGACAAGAAGGUUGGUUCCCACUCCUAUUACAGGUACUACUCGGUCAAGUUGGCUCUCGACCGGGACGUUAGUACCCGGAUCCCCUUCCCAACUGUACCAACCAACAACAAACCGGAGCAAAUAAAAGGCCAUGGAGCCCUAGCAUUUGCUGUCCCAAGUACCCACAAGCUAAUCUGCGUUCCCUGAAUAGUUUCUUUGGAAAGCAAGAAGGCGAUUUCUCCCUGUCAAUUGUUUCAAUUGCUGCAGUUGAGAAAGAUCCCGGUACAAACAUAACACCUUAUCGAGACGAUCCGAAUGAAGCUGUACGUGGUUCCAACGAUGAGAAGGUACCGUAUGAUCUAAGUCCCCCGAAACAAAGUUGGUUGGGUUGGAGGUGGCAAUGUGUGUGGUAA